CAAUGACACUCGGGGUGUCUCAGGGUUGAACGCCACAGAGAUUGGGGGACCGCUCUGGAGUGUAGAAAGGGCGCUGAGGGGGAAAUACUCAAAUUCUCUUUACUUUUCUUGGAUGGGUCUGGCACAGGCCCGUCAAUAUGUACUAAAAGAUCACUUGGAAACUGUGAAAACAAAGCUCCACAUUGGUUGAUAUUUGAGAGAAAGAACCCCAACCGGAUUACAGUUGGUGUCGGGGAAAGAAUCGACCAGUAAGUGACAUUACUCAGCAGUUUGGAGGCGGGGAAUAUAGCCUCAGUGGCUUGAAGAAGAGUGCCAGUGCGGAAUGUAUGUUGACGGUCGCUCCUUGGGACCAAAGAGAGAACCUUAUACAGUACAUAAGUGGGCAGCCCAACUCCAGUGAGGGAGCAACUGCAUGCCGGUGGCCUGCCUAUGGUGAGGUGAGGCUGGCAAACUAGCAGAGAUGGAUGUGUUUGGUGGUGCCCCACGUUUCCUGGCCUACCCUCGCCCCGUAGUAGUGCAGAGUGGCACUGAUGCUGUCCUGAAGUGUCAGAUCGGCGGGGACCCCAGGCCAGCGGUCAUCUGGGAGCGAAACAACGAACAGAUCCACCCAGAGGGUCGCUACCGUCUCUUCGAGGAUGGAAAUGUAUACAAUCUCAUAAUUUCAUCGGUGACCACAGAGGAUAGCGGCCAGUACACAUGCAAGGCCAAGAACAGCAUCGGGGAAACAUAUGCCGCGGCGACCCUGAAGGUGGAGGGUGAGGCCCAAGAGAUGGAGCUCCGGGAGGAGAACAAGCCUCGUUUCCUGAUCAAGCCCCUCUCCACCCGGGUGGGCCGCGGCGAAGACGCCGUCUUCUCCUGUAAGCUGUGGGGAAACCCGCGGCCAGAGGUGGUCUGGGAAAAGGACGGGAGAAAACUCAAUGAGAUAUUUGAGAGUACACAUUUCAAUGUGGGCUACCAGGACGGGGGAUGGUUCCAGCUUAAAAUCUUCAAGACUCGUGCACCCGACGGUGGAGUGUAUACAUGCAAGGCCAGAAAUGAGUUUGGAGAGGGGCUGGCUGGAGCCGUGUUGCUCGUCGAUGCAGGCCCGGGUCACGAGGAAGAGGGAAACCGUAACGGUUACACAAACGGCCACUGGAAAGGCCAUCAAGGCAAACAGAGGAGUGGUAGGCAGCUGACCACACGGCUCAAAGACGACCCAGUGACCAACCAAGCCAAGCAAGUGAAAAUGUUUGCCGUGACAGAGGGCAAGCAUGCCAAAUUCCGCUGCUUUGUGACUGGGAAGCCCAAACCAGAAAUAAUAUGGAGGAAAGAUGGCAGGCUGAUCAUGUCCGGAAGACGGUACCUGUUAUAUGAAGACAGGGAGGGUUACUUCACACUUAAAGUGCUGUAUUGUAAGCAACAGGACAACGGGGUUUAUGUUUGCGCUGCAUCAAACACUGCAGGACAAACCCUCAGUGCUGUACAUCUCUCUGUGAAAGAGCCGCCUGUGCGGUUUAAGCAGCCCCUCAUUGAUCUGGAGGUGUGGGAACGGGACCUGGCUGUUCUGGAGUGUGAGGUUCCUGAGGACUCUGUUCCCAUCACAUGGUAUUUGGAGGACAGGCGGCUACAGCCAGGAGCCAAAUAUGGGAUGGAAGAGUGGGGAACAAAACGACGACUCACUAUUCGUGACAUCGGAGUCGACGACGAUGGGAUUUAUCUUUGCGAGAUGGCGGAUGGGGGGAGGAGUAUUGCUGAGGUGGCAGUUAAAGGCACAAUCGUGCGUAAGCUUCCACGUAAGGUGGAUGUUUUGGAGGGGGAAAAUGCUGCCUUCUGUGUUGAAGUGGAGGAGGAGGAAAUGGACAUACAUUGGUACAAAGAGGGGACGGAGCUGCGUGAGACUCAUCAGACCAUCCUGAAGUCCUUUGGAAAAACUCACAUUCUGGUUUUUGUCAACACAACGCCCCAGGAUUCUGGCCUUGUGACCUUCUUUGUGGGAAGAUCCAAAACCUCCUCUCAGCUGAGGGUAAAAGCGGCCAGGCAUAGCCCACCCAGCUGUCCAGUGGGUGUGCAAAUCAACACAGAGCGUGCCAACGCUGCCCUCCUCUCAUGGGUUCCGGCACAGGACACCCGGAAGAACCCCCCAUCGGGUUACGUGUUGGAGAGGCAAGAGGUGGGCACCGGCUCUCAGGAGUGGCUGCAAUGUUUGACCACCGACUCGGCCACCUCAGUGGAGAUUCUUGGUGACAGCGUCCCCUGUGAGGCAGAUUAUCGCUUUCGCAUAUGCAGUGUCAACAAGUAUGGCAGGAGCAACAAUGUGGAGUUCCCAAGGGCAGUUCACCUGGUCCCUGUGACCAGAAUACAAGCCCCACUGCAGGAUGCCUUGGUGCCAGAAGGCCAGGAUGCCUGCUUCUCAAUUGAGCUCACUGCCUCAGUUAUUGGCUCAUGGUUCUUGAAUGGCACUCAGCUUCUGGAGGACGACCGUUACUCCAUGCGGCGGUCUCGAACGCACCAAUCCCUACGCAUACAAGGUGUACGAGACACCGACAACGGGGCUGAGAUCACAUUCAUUGCCUAUGGAAUACGAGAUUCAGCAGCACUCUAUAUUCAAGCUCCUCUAGUGAAGUUCACACCACUGUCAGAGAUGGAUCGUAAUAAAUUUGUUGAACUUGGCAACCCCAUUGUACUCUACUGCGAGUUGUCAGACCCCGCAGUUCCAGUACACUGGUACAAGAAUGGGGUGGAGGUACACACAGUCGAGGGUCUUCAUAUUCAGUCAGAAGGCACAAUGAGGAGAAUUGUCAUCCAAUCGUCUGAGUUCUCCCAUUCCGGAGUGUAUUGCUGUGACGCCAUUGACGAUGUCAUAAGGUUCAACGUGGAAGUUGAGGCUCCACCUGUGAGGUUUUCAGCACUUCCAGAAGCUGUGAGGAACAAGUCCAUUGAAGCAGGCUGCCCCAUUGUACUACAAUGUGAGCUCUCAGAUCCAACUGCCCAGGUGUACUGGUACAAGGAUGGAACAAAGCUCCUACCUCAAAGUGGAAUAGAAAUCCAGUCAGAUGGCAUCACAAGGACACUAGUUGUCCAGUCAGCAGAGAUAUUCUACUCUGGGUCGUACAGCUGCAAGACAAAGGGUGAUGCCAUCAAGUUCAAUGUGGAAGUCAAAGUUCCACCUGUGAGGUUCUCAGUACUUCCAGAAGCUGAGAGGAACAGGGUCAUUGAAGCAGGCUGCCCCAUUGUACUGAAAUGUGAGCUCUCAGAUCCAACUGCCCAGGUCUACUGGUACAAGGAUGGAAUACAGCUCUUUUCAAACCAUGAACUAGACAUCCAAUCAGAAGGCAACAUGAGGACGUUGGUUGUUCAGUCAGCAGAACUGACUCACUCUGGCACUUACAGUUGUACCACAGUGGAUGAUACCAUGGAGUUCCAUGUGGAUAUCAAAGCCGUGCCAGUGACCUUCUCAGCUAUCUUUGAUGUUGAGAAGACCAAGUCGGUUGAAGCAGGCUGCCCUUUUCAACUGCAAUGUGAGGUUACAGAUCCCACUGCCCAGGUCUACUGGUGCAAGGAUGGAGAAAAGCUCCUCCCACAGACUGGAAUGGACAUCCAAUCUAAUGGCACCAUGAGGAAGCUCAUUGUCCAAUCAGCAGGGGUCUUUCACUCAGGGCUGUACAACUGUGAAACUUCUGACGACACUCUCCAGUUUACUGUGGAUAUCAAAGCUCCACCAGUGAAGUUCUUACCUUCACCAGAGGUUGUGAAGAGCCAGCCGUUUCAAGCAACCUGCCCCAUUGAACUACCCUGUGAGAUCUCAGACCCCAUUGCCCAGGUGUCACGGCAGAAGGACAAAGUAGAGCCCAUCUCUGACACUGGACCUUUCGAAAUGGGGGGCAUCAGGAGGAACCUGGUUGUCCAACCGGCACACCCCUCCAACUCUGGGGCGUAUUAUUGUGCUACAGCGGAAGAUGUUGCCCCGUUAAUUGUACAGAACCAAGCUCCGCCCAUGACAUACUUGGUUGCCCCUGAAGUUGAGAAGAACAAGUCCAUAGAAGCAGGCCUCUCAAUUGUACAACAGUUUGAGAUUUCAGACCCCAUUGCCCAGGUCUGCUGGGACAAAGAUGGAACACAGAUCUACCCACAUAGUGGACUUGACAGACAAUCAAAGGGCAGCAUGAGGACUUUGUUCAUCCAACCAGAUGACAUGUCCUGUGGUGGGAGGUUUGACUGCCAAACAACUGGCGAUACCACACAAUGUAAUGUGGCCAUCAAAGCAGAGCUGUCUCACCCUGGCAGUGAGAAGGGUGAGAUAUCUGAUGAGUCUUCCCAAUACACUAUGGAUAUCAAAGCUGCACCUGUGAGGGUCUCAGCUGACCAAGCGAUUGAGAAGAACAAGUCCAUUGAAGAGGUCUGCCCCGUUGAGGUUCACUGUGAGCCCUUAGACUCUACUGUCCAGAUCCUCCACUACAAGUACGGUCAACAUCUUCAAACAUAUGGAAUAUAUUCCACGGAGACGCCAAGUCUCCAAUCUGUGGAGCACUUUUCCAUAGAGACACCAACUGUCCAAUCAGCAGAACACUAUUCAAUGGAGACAGCAACUCUCCAUUCACCAGAGCUCUUUGGCUCCAUGGAGACAGCAACCUUCCAAUCAGCAGAGCUAUAUGGCUCCAUGCAGACACCAACUGUCCAAUCAGCAGAACUCUAUGGCUCCAUGCAGACACCAACUGUCCAAUCAGCAGAGCUCUAUGGCACCAUGCAUACACCAACUCACCAAUCAGCAGAGGUCUGUGGCUCCAUGCAGACACUAACUCUCCAGUCUGCAGAGCUCUAUGAUUCUAUGCAGACACAAACUCUUCAAUCAGCAGAGCUCUAUGGCUCCAUACAUACACCAACUCACCAAUCAGCAGAGGUCUGUGGCUCCAUGCAGACACUAACUCUCCAGUCUGCAGAGCUCUAUGAUUCUAUGCAGACACAAACUCUUCAAUCAGCAGAGCUCUAUGGCUCCAUACAUACACCAACUCACCAAUCAGCAGAGGUCUGUGGCUCCAUGCAGACACUAACUUUCCAGUCUGCAGAGCUCUAUGAUUCUAUGCAGACACAAACUCUUCAAUCAGCAGAGCUCUAUGGCUCCAUACAUACACCAACUCACCAAUCAGCAGAGGUCUGUGGCUCCAUGCAGACACCAACUCUCCAGUCUGCAGAGCUCUAUGAUUCUAUGCAGACACAAACUCUUCAAUCAGCAGAGCUCUAUGGCUCCAUACAUACACCAACUCACCAAUCAGCAGAGGUAUGUGGCUCCACGCAAACACCAACUUUCCACCCAACAGAGGUCUGUGGCUCAGUACAGACACCAACUCUCCAAUCAGCAGAGCUCUGCUGCUCAAUGAAGACACCAACUCUCCAAUCAGCAGAGCUCUAUACCUCCAUGAAGACACCAACUCUUCAACCAGCAGAGCUCUAUCAAUUAGGAGAAUGUGACAGUCAAUUGGAUGACGAUGACAUUGCAUUUAAGGUGGAUGUUGAAGCACCUCCUGUGAGGAUCACAACACCUUGUGAAGCUGAGAGGAACAAGUCCGUUGCAGCAGGCGGUCCCAUUGUCCUGCGUUGUGAGAUAUCAGACCCAAAUGCACACGUUUCCUGGUACAAGGACGGAACGCUGCUACACGAAGAGAAUGGACUAGAAAUGCAAUCAGAAGGUUCCAUAAGGACAUUGGAUGUGGAAUCUGCAAGGCUGUCUGAUUCAGGGAGCUACAGCUGUAAGACAACAGAUGAUGCAAUGCAGUUUCAUGUGGAUGUGAAAGCUCCACCUCCGAAGUUUUCAGCAAUUUCUGAAGCUGACAAGAAAAAGUACAUCAAAUCAGGCUACCCCAUUGUACUGCAAUGUGAGCUCUCAGAUCCCACCAUCAAGGUGUACUGGUACAAGGAUGGAACAAAGCUCCUAACCCAAAGUGGAGUAGACAUACAAUCAGAUGGAACUAUGAGAACUCUAGUUAUCCAAUCAGCAGAGCUGUCUCACUCUGGAGUGUACCGUUGCGAGACAAUGGAAGAUGGCCUCCAAUUCACUGUGGAAGUAAAAGCUCCACCUGUGAGGUUCUCAGCACUUCCAGAAGCUGAAAGGAACAAGUUCAUUGAAGAUGGCUGCCCCAUUAUACUGCAAUGUGAGCUCUCAGAUCCAACUGCCCAGGUGUACUGGUACAAGGAUGGAACAAAGCUCCUAUCUCAAAGUGGAAUGGAAAUCCAGUCAGAUGGCAUCAAAAGGACACUACUCAUCCAAUCAGCUGAAAUAUUACAUGGUGGAACAUAUGAGUGCUCAACAGCAGGUGAUACCAUCACAUUUAAAGUGGAGAUCAAAGCUCCAUCACAGAAGAUCAUGCCACUUUCACCAAUGGAGAGGAACAAGUCGGUAGAAAUUGGUACUCCCAUUGUACUGCAGUGUGAGCUCUCAGAUCCUCUAGCCCAGGUCUGCUGGUCUAAAGAUGAAAUGAAACUAUUUCCCAAAACUGGCCUCGAUAUCCAAAGUGAAGCCAAUGUGAAGAGACUAGUAAUUCACUCUGCGGAGCUCUCUGACUCUGGGCUCUACUGCUGUAGUCUUGCUGACGAUGCAAUGACAUUCAAGGUGGAUGUUCAAGCUCUUCCCGUGAGGUUUUCAGCACUUCCAGAAGUUGUGAGGAACAAGUUCAUUGAAGCAGGCUGCCCCAUUGUUCUACAAUGUGAGCUCUCAGAUCCAACUGCCCAGGUGUUCUGGUACAAGGAUGGAACAAAGCUCCUCCCAGAGAAUGGAGUCGACAUCCAAUCAGAGGGCGCUUUGAGGGCUGUGAUCCUCCAAUCAGCAGAGCUCAGUCACUCUGGGGUGUACAGCUGUGAGGCUUUAGAUGACUGCAUAGCAUUCAAGGUGGAUGUUGCAGCACCUAUAGCGCCACCAGUGAGGUUCUCAGCUGCCCCAGAGGUUGAGAGGAACACGUCCAUUGAAGCAGGCUGUCCUAUUGUACUGCAAUGUGAGCUCUCAGACCCCAGUGGACAGAUCUGUUGGUACAAGGAUGGAAUAAAGCUCCUCCCUCAAUAUGGAAUACACAUCCAAUCAGAGGGCACCAUGAGGACCCUGGUUAUCCAAUCAGCCACAUUUUCAAGCUCUGGGGUGUACAGUUGUAAAACAGCCGAUGAUAUCAGCGAAUUCUAUGUGGAUGUGAAAGCACCUCCGGUGACGUUUGUUGAUAUCCCUGAGGAAGACCUCUUCAAAAGUGUUGUGGAACAAGAUCGUCUUGUUAUGUCCUGUGAGGUUUCCAGGGUUGACGCCAUUGUCCAGUGGUACAAAGAUGGGGUUGAAACGCAGUCUAGUGACAACAUUGCUGUACACGCAGAUUGCACUGUUAGGAUGCUGACCAUCCAGUCAGCUCAGCUGUCAGACUCUGGGACAUACACAUGUCGUGCCGGAGACAGAGCUUUAAUGUUCAAGGUUAACAUACGAGAGCCACCAGUGAUGAUUGUAUACCCUAAAGAAGAUGUCCACCUUGAUCGGCAUGUGCCGGAGGAGAUCAUUCUCAGCUGUGAACUCUCACGUCUAAAUGGUGUCGUAAACUGGUUCAAGGAUGGGCAAAAGUUGCAAGAAAGCGAAAACAUUAAACUUAAGAUUGAGGGCCCUUACAGGCGACUGAAGAUUCUUUGUAGUGGAGUCGAAGACUCUGGCGAAUAUGUCUGUGACACGGCUGAUGAUUCAAUAUUCUUUAAUCUCAGCAUAACAGAGCCUCCAGUACAAAUUAUAUCUCCAAGUCAGUCGCAAAUGGAGCUCUGCCAGCAAACAUCUGAGAGGAUGGUGUUGAGCUGUGAGAUCUCAAGGCCCAAUGCUGUGGUGCGUUGGUAUAGGGACGGGCUUGAGGUGGAGGAAAAUGACAACCUCAUCUUAGAGGUGGAUGGGGUCUACAGGAGACUCAUUAUACCUGAGACCACAGUCAAAGAUUCAGCAGAAUAUGUGUGCGAUACGGCUGAUGACAACAUGACGUUCUUUGUCAACAUUGCAGAUCCUCCUGUCCGUUUCGUACGCCCAAGAAAGAUGGCAAGUCGGGUCGAGAUGUUUGUUGGAGAUUCUUUGGUUCUUGACUGUGAGGUGUCUAGAUCAAAUGCCACUGUAAGCUGGAAGAAGAAUGGAGAGGAAAUGGAAGAGAGCAGUAAUGUCACCGUUAUUGAGGAUGGCGUCAUGCGGCAAUUAACCAUCCACUCCAUGACAUUGGAGGACGCUGGGCAAUAUGUCUGUGACGCCAAGGAUGAUGUGAUGGACUUCCAGGUCAAGAUCAAAGAGACACCUGUAAAGAUCCUGAGCAAAAACAAUGUGAAUACUCAAAAGCAGUUCUUCGCAUCAGAUGACAUUGUCUUAGGGUGUGAGCUUUCAAGAGCCAACUGCAUGGUCGUCUGGUACAAAGACAACAAAAAAAUAGAUGACAAUGAGCGCUACUGUAGUGAGGAGCAGGGUGUUUUCCGUUCACUGGUGGUUUUAAAUGCUGAGAUCGACGACUCUGGAGAGUACACCUGUGAUGCCGGGGAUGAUAAGAUGGUGUUCUAUAUCACCGUGAAAGAACCCCCUGUGACCAUCAUUGGCAACUCGGGUAACCCAGAACAUCAUAGCCUGGUCGCAGGCGACAAACUCAUCUUGGAGUGCGAGAUAUCUUGUCCGAAUGCCACUGUCCAGUGGCUUUGGAAUGGAAAGUUACUAAGUUCAGACGCUCGCACUCACAUAGACAGUGACGGUGCCACCAGGAAACUUGUUUUAUCAGGACUUCAGCCCUCGGACUCUGGAGAGUACAUAUUGGAUGCCAUCAAUGACAAAAUGGUAACCAUAGUUGAGGUCCAAGAGCCCCCAGUCAAGUUUGUGAACAAACAAGCCAGAACCACCAUCUCAGGCUACGAAAAUGAAAGUGUGACACUGCGUGCCAUGGUGAAUCGGGAGCAAGCCUAUGUGCGAUGGCUUAAAGAUGGUGAACUAUUGAAUGGGGAUAAUAUUCACAUCUCCAGUGCGGGUAAAAUGCACACCCUCACCAUCAACCCCCUGAAACUAUCAGAUAGUGGAGGGUUUGUCUGUAACAUCAACACGGAUGAAAUGUAUUUCAUUGUCCAGGUCAAAGAAAUGAAAGUGAAAUUCUCCAGACCUCUGCAGAAUAUCGUAGCCCUGAAGGACAGUACCCUUACCCUGAGGUGUGAGGUCAACAAACCUAAAGGAGAUGUUCAGUGGCUCAAAGAUGGCCAGGAGAUUAAGCCCAGCCGUCGACAUACGAUAAGGGCACAGGGUCGGGAGCGAAGCAUCACUAUCCACCAGCUAAUGCUAGACAAUGCUGGGGAAUAUGCCUGUGAAUCCACAGACGAUAAGACUUUUGCCACUGUCGGCGUAGAAAUGCCUCCACCUACUGUCGAGAUUAUCGCAGAGCUACACAAUAUCACUGUACUGGAGGGGGAAGAUGCUACAUUUAAGUGUGUGGUUUCGCCAGAGGACACACAGCUAGUGUGGAGCCUGAACGGCCAGCCUAUAGUUCCAAGUGAGAGGUUUGUCAUUUCAAGUAAUGGACUGUGCCACAUGCUGUGCAUUUACAACUGCCAGGUCUCAGACUGUGCCACGGUGACUGCCGAGGCAGAAGGGCUGGUGUCUGAAGCAAACCUCCAGGUUCAAGAACAACAAGUGUUGUUCACCAAAAACAUGGUGCCCGUUGUGGCUGAGCAAUUCGGGGAGGCUACCCUGGAGGUGGAGGUGGGUCUCGACUCUGGAGAGGUGCAAUGGAUGAGGCAGGGUGUAGUCAUCCACCCGGGGCCAAAGUUCACCCUGAAGCAAAAGUGCCGGCGACGGAGCCUCACCAUCCACAAGCUCGCCCUUUCUGACCGGGGCACCUACAGUUGCGAAACUCUCCACGACCGCACGCAAGCCCAACUCAUCGUGGAACCCAGAAAAAUUACAAUUCGGAGAGGACUCACUGACAUCCAAACCAUUCAACGUGAAACAGCAUCCUUCGAGGUGGAGCUGUCUCACAGCAAUGUAGAAGCCACUUGGCUAAAGGAUGGGAACCAGCUAAAGCCCAACAACCACUGGCGCAUGAGUGCCAAAGGGUGUGUCCACAGCCUCACCAUCUCCAACCUCACCUUGGACGACACAGGCACAUUUGUGUUAUCUGCGGAAAAUGUGAAAUCAUCAGCAAGGCUCAUUGUUAAAGAGCCACCAGUGACAGUCAUUAAAAAACUGGAGGACUUGCGCUUUCCAGAAGCAGCUGUGGCAUCAAUGGAUUGUGAGCUAUCAAGGCCUCAUGUUGAAGUGAAAUGGAUGAAGAAUGGGAUCGAGGUGAAACCACGCAAGGAUUUGCGUAUUUAUGCUAUGGGAAGAAAACACUACUUCCAAAUCCUGAAGUGUGAAGUCAGUGAUUCUGGCACAUACUCAUGUGACGCUGGAGACUCCAGUACAUCCUGCAAUAUAGCGGUCUACGAACGGGAGCUUGUGGUCCUGCAAGGCCUGGAGGACCUGGACAUACAGGAAGACCAGAAUGCUGUGUUUGUAGUUGAGAUCUCCCUGGAGGAUGUGCCUGGAGAGUGGUUCAAAAAUGGAGUGAGAAUUACACCAACCAGCACCAUCAAGAUCCGCCAGGAAGGGACCAAGCAUUUUCUUCUAAUGUGCAACGUGAGAGGAGAGGACUCCGGAGAGAUCAAGUUUGUCGCCAAACACGUGGAAUGCACAGCCUAUCUGGAGGUGGAGGAGCUUCCAUUGAACAUAACGAACCCUCUCCAGGACAAGGUAGCUCUUGAGAGGAGUCGUGCGAUCAUGGACUGCUCAGUAUCCAACCCUCGGUGCAGUAUCCGCUGGUACAAAGGCAGCAAUGUCAUCCUGCCCUCAGAGCGCUUUGAGAUCUGCAGUGAGGGCUGCUAUCGCAAGCUGGUCAUUCAACAGGUGGCACUGGACGAUGAGGGAACUUACAGUGUGCAGGUUGGAGAGCACACAUGCUCUGCGAAACUGACUGUAGAAGCCCAGUCUCUCCUGAUGGUGAGGGAACUGAAGAGCGUGGAGGUGGUUGCCCCGGAUGAGGCCUGCUUCGAGUGUGAGGUCUCGGUCCCCGUCCUCAAAGCCCCCGUGUGGAGCCUGAAGGGGGAGGCCCUGCAGCAGGGGCCCAAAGUCAGCCUAGAGAAGAUGGGCAUGGUCCACCGCCUCACCCUCCGACAGACCUCUGUUGACAUGAACGGCUUGGUGGAGUUCACAUCGGGAAAAGCCAAGAGCAGCGCCGAGCUCCACGUCAAGAGUGAUCCUUGACAGACGCAGUAUCGUCGUGAUGCAGAGAAUGAGAUGGAUCGAUAUUUUAUUCGCCAAUUUAUUUGUGUUCAUAUUUGUCAUGUGAAAUUGGAAUGUAUGGAAUAGAAUUGUAAGAUAUAUUCCUGUCUUUAAAAAGGGGGUGAAUAUUGUGUCAAAAUUAACAAUGAGUUAUUGAAAUAUUUUGUAUAAUUAUUUCCCAAUGCAGAUACCCCUAUUCACUUGAAACAAUGUCCUCUAAAGAGGCUCUUGGUAAAUAUCAACCAACAUAAGUACAGAGUUGACUAAAUUGUCUCUCUGAAUACGAGCAAGUAAUUCAUCCAUAAAAUGACAUGUAAUAUAGACAUUUUAUGUAAUAUAAAAAUGUGUUCUAAAGUCAAUCGUAAAAUACAGUUGGAGAAUUCAAUUGAUUACAGGCGUGGGACCGAAUCCUAACUUGAGAUCCAUGUUUGAGUGGCAUUUGCUUGCAAAUCUCACAUAGAUAUGCAUGCAUGCUUUAUGCAAAAGUCUGAGUUGUGCACUGGCAUCCUAUGUCAGAAUUUGGGCCAUAAUGGUUACUUAAAGCAAGUAUUGAGAAACUGUAAGUUGUUUAGAAGUGACGAAUCCUAACGAGCUACCAACUUUUUCACAUAAAUCUCCCUUUGACAUCAAUGCAUUUAUCUAGAACUUUGAGAUACACAUUUUUCUCAUGUUAGGAUUCAGUCCUAAGUCUAAAAAAAUGUUCUUAAAAGGUUCCAUUAGUUCUAUUUACUUUAAGUGUCCAUUUAGUCAGUCAGUCAAGCUGUUUGAGGAACAGCGCUGUUCUCGCUCUCAAAUUUCUUUAUCAUCAUUACUUAUAAUUGCAUAAUUUCAUUUGUAUUUUUUCAUCACGUGUCCACUGUAUAGACAUCGUUUUUUUACAUUUUGAAGUUGUUUUGUGGAGGCAGAAUUUCAAGCUACUAUGAAGAAUGGGUUCUGUCAAGUAGUAUUGGGCUUGUAAUAUAAAUACAUUGGGCCAAAAUUGGUUAAUUUAGAAAGGUAGUUAAUAUUGAUCAUUUUAUUAGAUUAUAUUCAAGUUUAAAUGCAGAGUUACCUGAAUAAUAUAUAUUGUAUUGAAUAAUUAAUGAAUAUGGUUUUCAUAUGAAGUGAAGUCAGUUCCAUAUUCUUUUUUCUUUUCAAUUUAAUUUGUUUCCAACACCCCCCGCGAUGUAUUGAAUUGCUCCAUUAGUGUAUGCAGGAAUAAUUGUAAUGGGAUAUUACCUGUUUCAAUAAAUCAUGCUUUAUUAUGGUAAAGUACAAA